UUCUCAUCCCAAAUCCCCCAUUAUCUCUUUCUCUCUCAUCUUUCUCACCAUGAAUGAUCUUACCUUAGAAUACGUUUCUUCCUUCUUAUUCAAACAAGAAUCAUUUCCAAAUUUCCCGUUUUUAAUUUACAACAAUGAUCCUACUUUCAACUAUAAUCUUUAUCAAUAUGAUUCAUUAUCAUCACCUUAUUAUUUCUCUACUUUGAUACCAUCAUUUUCACGAAACGUUUCUUUUGAUUUGCCACAUUGCCGAAGCAAAGAGAGGGAGACCCCUCCUCCUUCUCCUCCGCCGCCGCCGCCACCGCCACCGUCGUCCGCUGUCCUUGAAGGAAUUGCCGCUGUCGUUGGGCAACACGUACUCUUUGGAACAACCGCCACCACCACCACCACCCCAACAACAACAGCAUGCAAAGAAAACAAGGAGGUUGAAGUUUCGAAUCCUUGCCCUACUAUCACGAAACGUUUCGAAACUGGAAACGUAAAAACUACCAUUUCGACAAAAGCCUCAAACCCCACUAACCAGAAAACGGCGAAACGUUUCGAAACGGCGGCGCUAGGAGUGGAGAAGAAGUACAGAGGAGUAAGAAAGCGGCCGUGGGGAAGGUGGUCAGCGGAGAUAAGGGACCGAGUAGGGCAGUGCCGCCAUUGGCUCGGCACGUUCGACACACCUGAAGAAGCGGCGCGUGCAUACGACGCAGCAGCAAGGCGGUUGAGAGGAUCAAAGGCGAAAACCAACUUCCAAAUCCCGUCGGUGGUCCCCACGACAACAAUGUCGCCGACAUCCUCGUCCUCGUCUUCCUCGUACGAGUUAAUUAAGAAUAAUCCAAAAACGACGACGCAUAAGAAAAAGUGUCAAGUGGUAACAUCCAUGUCUCAACUUGUUACUAAAAAUAGGUUAAUGGAGCUUGACUUGAAAUUGGGAGUACAUAUAUAAUUAGAAAGUACUCCAUUGUUUUUUUCUCUCUAAUUAGGGAUGCAUGGGUUAGUUAAUUCGGUUUACGGAGUAUUAAAUAGAUUAGUACAUGGUUAAUUAAGUAGUAGGAGAAGAUGGGUUUUGAUCUUGGAGAUUUUGUUUUUAAUACGAAUCCUUGAUUAAAUUAGUCACUAAUUAUUUACGGAGUCCUAAUAAAUUAGUAAUUUUGUUUUGUUGAAAUUUGAAGAGAACAAAAAAAGAGCAUUAUGUAUUUAUGUGUUAAUGUGUUGGAAGUCGUGGAGGUUGAGAAAUGAUAUUAAAAAAAUACGUAUCUUAAUUAAGGAGACAUUGGUUUUGUUUUUAUUUUCAUUUUGGAGUUGUGAGUAUGUAGAAUCAUUCUUGUGAUUAUAAUUGGAAUCUUGGUCCAA